UUCCAUGCAAUUUUAAGAUUUUCUUGGUUCAUUCCAUGCUUUACAGGCAACCUCUCUCAUGCUAAUUUGGCUUUCUGAAACACAGAUUAAUUACAGAUUACUAAAACCUGGACUAUGGAGUCCUGAUUUAAAAUAAACCAUUUUUAAACCAUGAUUAACCAUUCUGGAUUAAGGCCUAUCCUGGUUUAAUUUAAACCCUGUCCGGGAAACCACCCAGAGAGUUGCUAUUGUUCUUGACGCGAUUCCAAAGAGCGUGACGUUACUUUUAACUGUAGUUCAGUGGAAAUCAUACAUACUCGUCGAACAUAUACAUAAGAAGAAGUGUAAACAAAUGUAAACCAAAUUUUUCACAUUUUAUAAAUGACUCCAAAUUAUAUGUAAGUCUUUCGGAACAAGCCAAAAACAAAAAAGCACUGAAAACAUGUAAUGCUCUGAAAGCAAGGAAAUUUAUGUUAUUUUUUUUUCUUCCUCUUUCCAGCUAAUGUUAAUGUGAUAAUGUGAAUGUGUAAUACCUCUUCGUCUUGUGGCAUUGAACGGUCUAACUCUACAAUACUACAUUCACAGUCUUUGUAAUGUGUUUCAGCACAUCAUUUGUAACAUUUAUAAUGUGUUUAGAAACAAUUGAACUUUCUAGAGCUGGAAAGAGACAAAUGAAUGUAUAUUAUCUUGAUAAAUGGGAUUAAAUGUUCGUUUUUUAAAAAAAUAGACUAGUUGGCAACAUGCCAGUUAAGGAAACGAAACCAGAAGACCUGAUAAAUGAUUGUGGGAAAAUCCCUGGGAAAGAACCCAGAUGCACGCAUAUUGUGUAAUAGACAUCUGUGGAGAAGACAUUUUCCACAACAAUGUUAGCUUGUAGUCUGAUAUGAAAGCAUGGGAAAUGAGGAGCAGUGUUGGUGCUCUUGACUCCGGUAAGCUCCACUUUAGCUCAUAACCACUCCUCAAGCCCCAGUUGGCCGGCUUUAGACCAAGGUAUUCGGCUGGUCAAAAAUCCCUCACCACUGGCCCAGAGGAAGCCCAGAGGAGGCGCGAUCAAAACCAUGGAAGUGACAGUGGAAACAAGACUGGCCCUGGCAUUCACUAGCAUGCUCGAUUUGGGAACACUGCUAAUGAGAACAUGAGUGAUCCAGGACCUUGCAAAAUGGACCAUGAAAAUAAUGAAGAACAAAGGGACCUGAUAGAAGAGAAUGAGGAGAGUGAAGAACUGAGUGAAGCGGAGGAGAAACAUCAUCAUGUCAAAACUGGAGAAAAAGCUUUCAGUUGCUCAAAGACUGAAAGAAAUUUACUGAAAAGAAGAGCCAAAAAAUCUUUCAUCUGCGCUCAGUGUGGGAAGAGUUACACAUUAAAAGGAAGCCUGAAGCGGCACAUGAUAAUCCACACAGGAGAGAAACCACACACAUGUGAUCAGUGCGGGAAGAGUUUCACAUUAAUAGGAACCCUUAAGGAACACAUGAAAAUCCACACUGGAGAGAAGCCGUACACAUGUGAUCAGUGUGGGAAGAGCUUUGCACACCAAGGAGGCCUUAGAAUCCACAUGAAAAUCCACACUGGAAAGAAGCCGUACACAUGUGAUCAAUGUGGACAGAGUUUUGCACACAAAGGAACCCUUAAGGAUCACAUGAAAACCCACACUGGAGAGAAGCCAUACACAUGUGAUCAAUGUGGGAAGAGUUUUGCACAAAAAGGAUCCCUUAAUGAACACAUGAGGAUCCACACUGGAGUGAAGCCGCACAUAUGUGAUCAGUGUGGAAAGAGUUACAGAAAGGCAUGCAGUUUUAAAAUACAUCUGCGUUAUCAUUCUGGAGAAAGACCAUUUUAUUGUAAUAAGUGUGGCAGAACAUUUUUUAGGGCAGAUCACCUGAAGGACCACAUGAAAGUUCACACACAGGAGAAGCCUUACACGUGUUCUCUGUGUGGAAAGAGCUUUAGUCAAUCAGGUACUCUAAAAUUACACCAGAAAAGACACAAUGGUGUGAAGGAUCAUAUGUGCUUUGAUUGUGGGAAGACUUUUGUUAGAGAUGCUGAACUGAAACUGCACCAGAGAAUUCACACUGGAGAAAAACCUUACAAAUGUUCAUACUGUGACAAGAGAUUCACAUGCACAGGACAUCUGAAAAAACACAAGAGGAUCCACACUGGAGAAAAACCUUACAAGUGUUCACACUGCGACAAGAGAUUCGUUCAGUCAGAAUAUUUAAAAAUACAUGAGAAGAACCACAGAGUUCAGUCAAUUAUCUUCUUUACGCAAUCAUACAAAAAACAAAUGUCCUAAAUCAAAGCGAGUAGUUCAGAGGUAGCUGCUGCUAUAUGGAGUGAUUUUAGUGAGUGAUUAAAACAAAUGCAAAAUAGUGUAUGGUGUGACUUGUUUUUGACUCUCUUGUUCCUACUAGAAAUGAUAUAAAUCCCUUUCUGCACUUAUACACAAUACAGUAGGCUUAUAUUAUCAAGUAACUGUCAUGCUGUUAGGCGAACUAAGUCUAAGGUCACAUGCUAGGGAUGCCUUCUUUAGUCUCUUCCCUGUUUAAGAAUAGAUGUUAAAAUGAUGAAUAAGAAGAAAGAAGUUGUUCCUGUUUACACCUGGUGUUUUAAGUUGUCUCUUUUGUCGACUUUCGACCACUUCUGUCCUGAUUUCUUCAAGGGGAGGGUCUAUGGGUGGAUAAAUGUAUGGGCCUUUUCAGAUCUUUCUAUCUAGUUGACGAAAUAAGCUGGCGCUGUUUACAUAUGAACAUGUCUGGAAAUGACGGAAAAACAGUUUUCAUUUGCACUGACAGCCGCAAGACUAGGUAGGCUGACCGAGCAACUGAGUCGUCCAGCGUUCAUUUGCUCGAGCCGUAAUAAGCUCUUGUAUCGUGAAAACACUGAUUAGAGCACGGUAACUUUUUAAGAUCACAGUUUAAGACAUUAAAUCAUAGAAGCACAUAA